AUGGCGGCGGCGGCGGCGGCGGCGGCGGCGGCGGCGGGCCCCGGGGCGACCCAGGCACCGAGCUCGCUGCUGCUCGUGGUGGGCGGCGAGUGCGGGUGCUCGGGGCUGCUUGCUUAUGUGCUGGAGGAGCUCGAACGAGGCAUCCGGUCCUGGGACAUUGACCCUGGCAUUUGCAGCCUUGAUGAGCAGCUCAAGAUUUUCGUGUCCCGGCACUCUGCCACCUUCUCCAGCAUCGUGAAAGGCCAGCGGAGCCUGCACCACCGCGGAGACACCCUGGAGACACUGGUCCUCCUGAAUCCAUCAGACAAGUCCCUGUGUGACGAGCUCCGGAACCUUCUGCUGGACCCUGCCCCUCAUAAGCUGCUGGUAUUGGCUGGGCCCUGCCUGGAAGGGACAGGGGAGCUGCUGCUCCAGACGGGGGGCUUCUCGCCCCGCCACUUCCUCCAGGUCCUAGGGGACAAAGAGAUCCGGGAUCUUCUGGCGUCCACACCCCCACCUGCAGACCUGCCGAAGCUCACCAUCACCUGCCCAACCUUCGGUGACUGGGCCCAGCUGGCACCUGAGGUGCUGGGCCUCCAGGGCGCGCUCCGGGUGCAGUGGAACCCACCCGUGCAGCUGCCGGCUUCCGAGGGCCUGCGCCAGUUCCUGGAGUACGUGGCUGAGUCGCUGGAGGCCCCGUCUCCCUUUGAGCUGCUCGAGCCGCCAGCGUCCGUGGGCUUCCUCAGGCUCGCCCGGCCUUGCUGCUACAUCUUCCCCGGCGGCCUCGGCGACGCCGCCUUCUUCGCCGUCAAUGGCUUCACCGUGCUGGUCAACGGUGGCUCCAACCCCAAGUCGAGCUUUUGGAAGCUGGUGCGGCACCUGGACCGGGUGGACGCCGUGCUGGUGACCCACGCCGGCGCCGACAGCCUCCCGGGCCUCAACAGUCUUCUGCGGCGCAAGCUGGCCGAGCGAGACGAGGCGGCGGCCGGCGGGGGCUCCGGGGACGACAGGCUCCGCAGGCUCAUCUCCCCCAACCUGGGGGUCGUGUUCCUCAACGCCCGCGUGGCCAUCUCGCGUCUGGUGAGCGGCGAGGACGAGGCGGAGCUGGCCCUGAGCCUCUUGGCCCGGCUGGGCAUCGCGCCCCUGACUCUGAACCGCGGGCCGCUCCCGGCCGAGCCCACCGUGCUCUUUCAGAAGAUGGGCGUGGGCCGGCUGGACAUGUAUGUGCUGCACCCGCCCGCGGCUGGUGCUGACCGCUCGUCGGCCUCCGUGUGCGCCCUGCUAGUGUGGCACCCCGCGGGCCCCACCGAGAAGGUGGUGCGCGUGCUGUUCCCUGGCUGCACACCUCCCGCCCGCCUCCUGGAUGGCCUGGUCCGCCUGCAGCACCUGGGGUUCUUGCGAGAGCCUGUGGUGACCCCCCAGGACCUAGUGGGGCCUCGGCGAGCGGAGAGCAAGGAAAGCGUGGGCUCCCGGGACAGCUUAAGAAGAGAAGGCCGGACGAUGGCACCGGCCAGGCCUGCCCCGGAGCGCCCUGUGGGGGCCCGGAAGGACCCGCCUCGAGUCGAGGCCCCCCGCAGGGCUGAGAAAGAAGCCAGGCUCCCCCGGGAGGUGAAGAAGGACCCCAAGCCAAGCGUCCCUCGGACCCAGCCCCAGGAGGUGCGCCGGGCAGCCUCCGCUUCGGUCAGCGUGAAGAAGGCGGGUGCCCAGGCCGCCCCCAGGCCCCGCAGGGCACCCAAUGUCCCCCGCCCGGGCGUCCCGCCGGCGGAGAACGGGCCCCACAGCCCCCCCAGCUUCCGCUGUGGAGAGGCCAGCCCGCCGCCGCCAGAGGCCUGCGGCUCCCCCGCCCCCCAGCUGGUGGCCACCCCCAGCCAGGAGAGCAGCCUGGAGCUGGGGCUGAGCCCGCCCGGGGAGGACGGCGGCACCUUGGAGGAGAAGACGCUGGAGCUGCUUUUGGGUGCCAGCACCCCCCGGCCGCGCACACCCUCGCCUACUGGAGCCCACCAGGGCCCGGCGGAGGGCAGCGGGCGGCUGUCGCUGAGCCCGCUGCGGGGCGGGGAGGCUGGGCCGGAUGCCUCGCCCACGGUGACCACACCGUCACUGCCUGCCGAGGUGGGAUCCCCGCACUCCACGGAGGUGGACGAGUCCCUGUCCGUCUCCUUCGAGCAGGUGCUGCCGCCGCCGCCUGCCGCCGCGGGCGACGCUGGGCUGAGCCUCCCCCUCCGCGGCCCCCGGGUACGGCGAUCGGCCUCCCCGCACGACGUGGACCUGUGCCUGGUGUCACCCUGUGAGUUUGAGCACCGGAAGGCUGUGCCCGUGGCACCCGCGCCCGCGUCCCCAGGCAGCUCUGAUAGCAGCGCCCGGUCCCAGGAGCGGGCGGGAGCCCCGGGAGCUGAGGAGACCCCACCCACCUCCGUCAGCGAGUCCCUGCCCACCCUGUCUGACUCGGACCCCCUGCCUGCCGCCCCCGGCAUCGCGGACUCGGAUGAAGACAUGGAGGGCGCAGGGGUCCCUCGCCGUGACCCGCUGCCCGAGCCCCUCAAGUUCCCCCCGCCGCUGCCCACCCCUCCCGGCAUCUGCAUGGUGGACCCCGAGGUGCUGCCCCCUGAGCAGGCCCGGCUGACGGAGGGCCACGGCCGCACCCGGAAGUCCGGGGUUCGCCCUCACCCCAGCACUGCCGCCUCCAAAGCCACUCCCGCCUCCAAAGCCACUCCCGCGACCACUGCCAAAACCAAGGGACUGGCCGGUGGAGACCGGGCCGGUCGGCCCCUCGGCACCCGGAGCGAGCCCAGUGACAAGGGAGGUCGGGCACCCCUGUCCAGAAAGUCCUCGGUCCCCAAGACGACCACUCGGGGCCCAUCUGGGUCAGCUGGCAGCCGACCAGGUGGGUCAGCAGCCCCUCCCGGCUCCCCCGUCUACCUCGACCUGGCCUACCUGCCCAGCGGGAGCAGCGCCCGGCUGGUGGACGAGGAAUUCUUCCGAAGAGUGCGUGCGCUCUGUUACGUCAUCAGCGGCCAGGACCAGCGCAAGGAAGAGGGCAUGAGGGCUGUCCUGGACGCACUGCUGGCCGGCAAGCAGCAAUGGGACCGUGACCUCCAGGUGACCCUGAUCCCCACCUUCGAUUCCGCGGCCAUGCACGAGUGGUACGAGGAGACGCAUGCCCGGCACCAGGCGCUGGGCAUCACCGUGCUGGGCAGCAACAGCACCGUAUCCAUGCAGGACGAGGCCUUCCCCGCCUGCAAGGUCGAGUUCUAGCUCGGCGCCUGACACCCGCCCCCGCGGCCCGGCAUCCGCCCCGACCCUGAGAUUCACCUGCGUCACAAAUAAACCAGGUACUCCACCCGG